AUGGACAUACGAGAGACCAUCAGAGGUCUCCAGCCCCUCUAUGGGAAGGUCACCCCCCUUCGAACUGUUCAAGAGACAAGACCCCCAGAAGAUUUUGCCGACGCCUAUGUCACAGAAGUCAACGUGAAAACUGCGUCCAAAGUGAUCAAGGCUCUCGACUCUGCCUUCCCUAAAGACCCAUCCCUCCCACUAUCCCACCUCCGUCGCUUUGCCAAAAGAGAAAUACUCCCACCGCCGCUGCGAGCAGCAAUUGAAGAACAAAGCCCACCUUUAGCAGCACCAGUGCAGACAAUCUUUGUCCUUAUCUCCCCUCCACUGCCCGAUCUCGACAAACUUCAAGCUCUACUCGCUCCAUUUGCGCCGAACGCUGCGCCGGCCACCCCAGGCCAGACACCCGAAGAUGCCUCACAGCCCGAUUCUCCAAGCCCAAAGAUCUAUCUACACCCAACCAAAAUCCCCCUCUACCCACCCUUCAACAGCAAGCAAGCUGAUGCAUGGACCAAGACCCUCUGGCCGGUGGUCUUCAACCCGGCCGCACCUCGCUCAACAGUCGCUCCACCUCCUCAGAUCUUGAAUCGUGCACAGGAAUCCAUCGAGCCACGAGCUGGCUACUAUUUGUCCCUGGCGCGCAAAGUCGCAGAGGAAGCAGAGCAAUCCGGGCUCGGCCGCGGCGUAGGCGCAGUCAUAGUCGACCCAGCCAUUGAAGAGGAGCUCUCUGCCGCAAGUUGGGAGUCUGGAGCUGGCGAGACAGCUAGUUGGGACGAGGCAGUUCUUGCAGUAGCUGGCGAUGCGCGAUAUUGCCGCCCCGAGGCUGGUGCCCCUUCCCAGGCACAGCUACAUCCUGGUGUAGCACCGAACCCAGCCAGCACCACAUACAUUGCAGAAUUUGAGGGCGGGCCUGAAUUGCACGCAUUGAUGCGCGCAGCAGGAUUCAUUGCCCGCUGGCGACGAGAGAACGAUAGCCGUGGUGAUGCCACUGCGACUGCAGACGCAUCAAAUCCAGAACACCUACAAGACACGGAGGAAUUGAGCUCUCUUGAAUCCUAUUUCUUGUACCGCCAUCGCCCUGGUGCAUCAGAUACCACAAUUGGUGAACUAUUAUUCUCCCCUUCCUCUCCAAAGAAGAGGAAACACGAGGAACCAAACCCGGAGUCUGGCUCUACCAUCGACCCAUCCAACCCCGAGCAGUCUCAGCUUCAAACCCCACCUCUACCUGCCCCUCCCCCUUCUACAACAGCUGUCUCUGGUCCCCCCAUUCCAAUCACAGCUCCAGCAACUUCCCGCAUCCGUACACGCUCCCAGGGUGGUUAUCUCUGUACGGACCUAGACGUCUAUGUCUCCCACGAGCCCUGCCUAUGCUGUUCCAUGGGUAUGCUUCUUUCCCGAUUCCGGGCGGUAAUAUUCCCUAGACGGGGAAGGUUGGAGAGCGGAGGUCUUGCUUCUGAGCCGGUUGUUGCUCCUACUGCUGAUGAAGUUGAACCUGAGGAUGACACAAAAGGACAGGACGAGAGGGGAUACUACGGACUACACUGGAGGAAAGAGUUGAAUUGGAGAGCUCUUGGAUUUGAGUAUGUGGAAGAAGAUGAUGAAGAGAUCAAGGAUGAACCGAAACGGCCUGUGUUUCAUGCUUAA